AUGAAGAUUCUCCUCAACUUCGACAAGGCCGUUGCCGACGUUCUCAGCGACAAGGUCAAGUCGCGCCUGACUUUCAAGGUGCGUAGAGCGUCACACGUCAUGCGACCAAGCAGAGGACUAGCUAGCACAAGCGUGCUCACUCACUGGUUUGUAGGGACAUCUCGAUACCUACCGCUUCUGCGACGACGUCUGGACCUUCAUUAUCAAGGACAUCAACUUCAAGUUGGAUAA